AUGGCUACUACUACGCUAAAUUCAGUUACCAAAAUCCCAAAAAUGGAGCUGAGCUCCUCCUCCAGCCUGGUGUCCAUGCCCGUGAUUGGCUUCGGCACGGCGGCUGACAACAACGACGGUGCCACCUUGAUUUCAGUUGUGCUGGAGUCAAUCAAGCUUGGUUACAGACACUUCGAUACUGCUUCAGCAUAUGGGUCGGAACAGGCUUUAGGAGAAGCUAUUGCUGAAGCACUUAGACUUGGUCUAAUUCCCUCUUGGGAUGACCUCUUCAUUACUACCAAGCUUUGGCCUAGUGAAGCUCAUGCUCAUCUUGUUCUUCCUUCCUUACAGAAAUCACUUCGGACUCUUCAGCUGGAAUACCUAGACCUCUAUCUGAUCCACUGGCCCAUCACUGUUACUCCUGGAAAGAGGGAAUUCCCUUUUGAUAAACAGGACCUUAUGCCAAUGGACUUCUAG